AUGUAUAUCGGUGCAAUGUACAGCAUGGCAGCCUUUGGGCCCGUGCUUGGAUUUCUGCUCGGAGCGUAUCUCUUAUCCUUUCACAUGGAUUCGUUUUCCGGAAGUGACAUCAAUAUUGACCCCGAUGAUCGACGGUGGGUUGGUAUGUGGUGGGGCGGUUUCCUAGUGUGUGGAUUGCUGCUCAUCCUUGUGGCGAUACCAUUUUUCUCUUUCCCCAAGGUACUGACACGCGAGAAAAAGAAAAUUCGCAUUGCCGAACAGCGGUUACCGCAAUUGCAGCAGUUAUCGUCGAACAAUUCGAGUAGCUUACCACGGUCCCAACCGAACCUAUCGCAACCGCCAGGGAGUCUGCAGCAGCAGCAACAGCAAAUUGGGCAACAUGGCCAGCACAACCCUAGUACCGGUCCGGCGGCGGCGACAAACAAAUGUAGCGAGGACACCGGAUAUGGCAAAGAUAUAAAAGACAUUCCGCAGUCGAUGUGGCGCCUGGUCACGAAUCCUGUGUACAUCUGCACCUGCCUCGGUGCGUGCAUGGAACUGAUGAUUGUUUCCGGUUUUGUGGUAUUCCUGCCAAAGUACCUGGAAACGCAGUUCAGCUUGGGCAAAAGCCAAGCGAGCGUUUUUACGGGGUCAAUUGCGGUACCCGGCGCUUGUAUCGGAAUCUUCGUCGGUGGCUGCAUCCUGAAACGCUUUCAGCUCAAGCCGAAGGGUGCCGUACAGUUUGUGCUGAUAUCGAAUCUCGUUUGCCUGUCGUGCUAUGGCUUGCUGUUCUUUCUGGGUUGCGAAAAUCUCAAGAUGGCGGGCACAACAAUACCGUACUACAAUAACUCGGCCCAAAGCGUUGAACCGUUCCAGGUUAAUCUGACGGCGGCAUGUAAUUUCGGCUGCGAGUGUCACAUGUACGACGUUGAGCCGGUCUGUGGCAACAACGGACUUACUUACUUCAGUCCGUGCCAUGCCGGUUGUACUGCGUUCUCGUCCAGUUCAAACUACACCAACUGUGCAU